AUGGCAAAUGGUACAUAUGGUAAGCCAAUAAACCCAUUUGAUACCUCUGUCAAGAUUCUGAAUAUUGCAGACGAGGCUGCAGCUGCUGGAUUUUAUGCAGUGCUUCCUGACUUUAUGCAUGGAGAGCCCUUUGUGUUGGACAAACCUGAUAGGCCUCUACCAGUUUGGUUGAAGCAUCAUUCAACGGACAAGGGAUUUGAGGAGUCAAAGACAAUAAUAGAAGCUAUAAAAAGUCAAGGUGUUUCUGCAGUUGGGACUGUAGGCUAUUGCUGGGGUGCCAAGGUUAUAGCUGAGCUCUCAAAGUAUGAGCAUCUUAUCAAGGCUGGUGUGUCAUUACAUCCUGUAUGGGUCACUGUGGAUGAUAUCAAAGGUUCUACUGCAAUUCUAGGAGCUGAGAUUGAUGAUUUCGCUCCACCGGAACUCAUGAAACACUUUGAAGAGGUCUUAAAUGCUAAACCAGGGGUGGAUUCAUAUGUUAAGGUAUUUCCAAAAACCGAACAUGGGUGGACAAUUAGGUGCAAUGUUGAGGAUGAGGGAGCUGUGAAGUCUGCUGAGGAGGCCAAUCAAAUUCUGUUAGACUGGUGUGUUAAGUAUGUUAAGUAA